AUUAUGUAAAUAUUUACCUUGCUCAAGAUCUCACGGUGUAAAAUGUAAGCCUUAAAAUUUAAAAGCUCAAGUACUAUGUAGAGGUCCGGGGUGCUUGGCUCUGCUAACUCAACAGACGUGGCAUGGUCCAGGUUGAAUCAGCUCUAUCGUUGCCUUCCACAUGGAACCGCUCAAUGAAACAUAGAUCAUGCAUAUCUGCUGAGAUGUUCGCAGUGUACCAGGCUGAUCGAUGAUUAAAGGUCCUGAUCCAGUGCUGGGGCGAGGAUCAGUUGUCGACGUAAAAUGUUGCAUAGGCGGCCUUGAGGCAGCCCCAUAAAGCCAUCGAUUUACGUCCACAAUCCCCCCAACCCGCCCUCUGAUUCCUGCAUACACGAUGUUCAACAUGCCCAUGCCCACCGCUGCAGACAUCACUCGCCUGAUCUGCAAAGACGCAGAAAAACUCCGGCGUGAGCAGCGUCCAGGAGGGGACCCUAGCAAAGUGGACUGUUCGAUAAUGCCAACCUGCUAUAAUUGCGAUCUACCCAUCAUCAGUGGCAAACCCUUGAUCUGCUCGGGUUGUAAAUCCUCUGUGUUCUGCUCGAUGAAUUGCCAUAAAGCAAACUGGAAAGCUGGGAGGUACGGAAGCCCGGGUCACAAACUCCUCUGCGCAAAGAAUAAGGUUCAUAUGGAGAAGGUCCCGCAAGUGCAAGCCCUUCUGAAGCAAUUUCCUUGGGGUCGCAUUGAGAAGGAUGGCACCUUUGCCGAGCCUCUCGUGCGCGCUUUGUGUAAUGUCUUGGGUGCUGAGGGCUUCGGCUACUGGAGCAUUCCUGGAGGCUCCAACCCACACCUUAAACAUGCAAGUGAUCCUCCCCGGCCUGCUGGAGCGCCUUGCAUCGAAGACAUAAAGGGGUUUGAACACGGCUACAUGCUGCUUCAAGAUAAACUGUUGACAGAUGAGACUGGCUGGAAGCUAGAGAAGCGUUUAAUCCCUCGAUUGGUUUUUGAGCUUGGCACGGAGCCUGAGCUUGCUUCCAAGGUGGAUAUUGUGGACUGGGACUCAUGGUACCAGUGGCGCAAUCUUCCCAAGGAAUCGCCAGCCGCCUUGUUGUUGCACUACCCUCUCACUGUAUACCAGCUUCUGGUGAACGUGCUCCACGUCACAGGGCCGAAGAGAAAUUCUGUGGCGAGUCGUCAGGCGCUCCACGUGCACUAUAUCGGUGCCGAAGUUGAAUUGAAUAUGCUUCCCCUAUUCUCUGAAUUAGCCUUGCUGCUUCCUUACACAGAUAUCAAGAUGACUCUCUUCGGUGUCGCGGUCCACUCUCUCGUUCAAAAGGCGAAGAAGAAUAGCAUCGCAAUGAAGGCGAAAAGGAACCAGCCAGUUUACACGUACACCAGCCCUGUAUCAUGUGGAGCCAGCACCCUGUCUAUCUUUCUCUAUGGAGAUCAUGGAGACUGGCACCCGCAGCACCCCUUCAUCCGAACCAUAUACAAUAAACCUGAUGCUGUCAUCGGCCUAAAUGCUGGGCUCAUCAACUAUCCAGAAUGGCAGUCCGUCACCUUGUACUGUCACAUGUACAAUGAGUCUUUUGCCGUCACCGAAUACGCAGAACAAUCCGCAGAACAGCAAAGAGAUUCAUUCCCUCUGAUCAUCGACCAUAUCCUCCCUCAGGCCCGCUUAAAUUACCAUGGCUCGGAGGUUCACAAUCUCACACGACCUAGAGAAUACCCCAUAACCUUUAAUCCUUUCCAGUGUCCUGGGCAGAGGGGCAUCGGUCAAACCCGGUUGCCGAGCGUACCGAACGGAUUCACGAUCAGAGUGGUUGGUGACGACCAGCAGGAGAUAGCCCACUCCACCUCUGCUGGCAUCCCUGCACUUGCUUCUGACUUAAGUGAGCUGCUCCAGAAGUCGGCGCAGUUAUCGUUGUGAGCUGUUUAGGCCAAAUAUCCUGCACUGUGCAAGUCUCCAUGAGUCACGGUCAAAUGAUGAAUAUUACGCCGAGCAGGUGAUACUGUUCAUUGCGUAUCUUGCCCAGAGAAUAUGUAUGCGGUGACUAGUUGCGUUGGGUAGGCGAUUGCUCAGCGAUU